CGGCUCGGAGGAUCCGCAGUGAGCCAUGGGUUAACGGCAGACGGGUUAGAGGAGGAGGAGAGGAGCCAGCUAGAUGACAGGUGGGAGCAGCUGCAGCACCAUGGCACACUGCAACGCACUGUCGGCGCAGCAUAAAAUCUACCUGGACGUGUCAACGACAACGAUCAGAUAAUCCAGCUACACCUGCAACCUUGGUAAAAAUGAACACAGAGCUACACUUGUGCAUAGUAGACUACUGUCUGUGCACCGCAGCUAACAAAAAAAAUUCACAGAAGUCAGCUGACAAAAAGUUAGCGCACCUAGCUGCUCCACAGGGCUGAACUAGCCCCCGAGUUUAAGUAGAAAAACGCCCCACUUCCACGACGCGCAUGAAAAUACGCCAACCAUUUCGAAACACCUUACAUUACGACAUUUGCAUCUCACGCAACAGCUUAAAAAAGGUUUCGGUUUCAGGUCUAGUAAAGUUUUACCCAACUUGCAACUCAGGUUGUUGAUAUCAAUCUCACUUCCGUCCCUGCACUCCUCUUUGCACGUCAAAACGGUCUAUCUUUCCCUGCAGUCUGCCCCCUAACGGUGAGGAGGAUGUUGUUCUUCCUCUUGUUCUUCUUCGUUUUAUUGGCAGUUGGCAACCAACUUAAGGAGUAUUACCGACACCUACUGGAUUGGAGUGUGGCACAAGAAAUUAAGCAGGAAAAAAAAAAGAUGUACCUAUAUAUACUCAUUAGGCUAAUUAGAUGCUGACCCUAACAGAUUCUCUACAGUGAGAUCUAGAUUUUCUUUCUGCUAACCUGUUGCCUUUUUUUGUGUGUGUUUAACACAAUCAAUUAGCACAUGUUUUACUGUUGCCCUUGUCUUACAGUAAUCACAAAGUCCUGUUGAGUGUUUUUUUUCAUCAAAUACAGGCUCUGAUUGAGUCCUGUAUGCCCAAUUCUCAGAUGGGUAAAUACUGUCUCCUCCUUUGUGUUUCUGCCUUGCGUAGCUGUUCUGCCAACAUUCUGAAUAUUGUGAAGAUGUCUUCCUGUGUCAGCUAUAUUCCAAUAUUCUUGCCAUAUUUUUAAAGUGUGGCUCUUUAUAAUAGAUUUUACUUCUGUUUUGGAAAAUGUUACUACUAAGUCUAUUUCCUGUAAUUUUAUUGCAGUUUUUGCCAAAAAGUCAACUUUUUCAUUCCCUUUGACUCCUACAUGACCAGGGACCCAAAGGAAAGAGAUAACUUGUCCUUCUACAUGUCAGCAAAGAAGGAGAUUUAAUAUGUCAUAAACAAUGUCCUGUCUGCAUAACGACUUCCCUGAUCUCAUGCUUUCCAGCGCUGAGGCAAUUAUGACAUUUUUCCUUUCUUUAUUUUCUUGCACCCACUGUAAGGCUAAAAGUAUUGCAGUUGAUUCAGUUGUGAAUACUGAUAUGUGAUUUGAGAGUCUCUUUUGGACUGCUAUGCCAUACUGUGGGAUGUAAAAAGCAGCAUCCCGGUGUGUCCAUUCUCUGGUUCUUUAGAUCCAUCUGUGUAAAUAACUACCUAGUGCUGUUCCAAGUGUUCCUGUAUUAUUAUCCACUGUGGUAUUAAUUUGGAUGCAUUUCUUAGCUUUUGUUGCAAAACCGGUGUCUACAGAUGGCAUUUUGAAUUUCCAGGGGGGUAAUGCCGAGGAUGGUACUGCUGGACCAACUAGCAGUUGGGAUAACCCGGCUUUCUGUGCCAUAGUAUUUCCCACCCUUCCAGAGCUUGUAAAAUUUGUUCUAUUAUGCUCCCAGCAUUCUUGUAGUACUGUUUUUGUUGGGUGCGCCCUGUUCUGCCCUUGUAAAUUUAUCCAAUACGCCAACAUAUGUUUAAUUCUUCUGAUAUGUAAAGGCAUUUCUGCAGUUUCCACUUGUAACGCCGAGACUGGGGAUGUUUUAAAAGCUCCACUGCAGAUCCGAAGGGCCUGCUCUACAUCCAUCUUCUUUAAUUGUGUGUCUGUUGCAGACAUGUAAGCUACACACCCAUAAUCAAGUGCGGCUCUCAUCAUAGCACAGUAAAUAUUUAACAUUAAUUUCCUAUGUGCACCCCAAUCUUGGUCCUCCAGGCAAAACAAGUUAUUGUUUUUUUUUUUUUUUUUGCAUUUAUUCUUCACGCUCUCAAUAUGUCGGCGCCAUGUGAGCUUCUCAUCAAAUAUCAUCCCCAGAAACCUUAUUUCUCUGACCUGCUCAGGUGCUUGGCCAUAUAACUUUAAUGACACAUCUUUCUGCCGUUUAUGAAAACAUAUGACCUGGGAUUUUGCAAUAGAUAACUUGAAACCCCACUUACGCGUCCAUUCCUCAACUCUAUUUAUUGCAUCUUGCAUUUUCUUUUUUAGGAAUUCUAGAUUCCUCCCUCUAACCCAGAGUGCACCAUCAUCAGCAUAGAGUGACCUUCCUAAUGUUUGGCCCACCUCAUCAAAAAUGUCGUUAAUCAUUAUAUUGAAAAGUAUUGGGCUGCAAACACUACCCUAGGGCGUACCAUUUUCCACCCUGUAUACAUUUGAAUACUUAGUUCCUACUCUUACCUGUACUUUUCUUUCAAACAAGAAACUAAGCACCGGAUUAUACAUUUUCCCCUUUCCCCUUUCUUUCCAUAACAUCUUGUAUGCUUUUUCCACAUAAAAAAAUGCAGCAAUUACCAUUUCUUUGUUUGUUUGUGCUUUUCUGAUCUCUGGUUCUAGACAAAGUACUGAGUCCAUAGCAUUCCUGCCUUUACAGAAGCCACUUUGGUGAGUGGAAAACAUGUUACUAUUUUCAAGAUAGUAUGCGAGUCUCACAGUUACCAUCCUUUCCAUGGUCGUUCCUAAUUGAGAUGUUAAUGCCAUUGGUCUGUACUUGAAGGAUCAGAUUACUUUUUCCCUGGUUUAAGCAAUGGUACAAUGAUUGACUGUUUCCAUGCAGAUGGAAUAUGUCCCACGUCCCAUAUCAAAUUAAAAAGCUUCAGUACAAUUUCAAGAGCACUAUCCUUCAUAUGUGCCAACAUUACAUAGCAAACAUUAUCUAUUCCUGGUGCUGUUUGUUUUGUACUUGAGAUUGCUCUCUUUAGUUCAAACAAUUUGAAUGGUAACUCCAAGUCAUCCCCUGUUGCAGUCUGCUGUUCUGUUACUCCUGGAUAUUCUUGAAGAGUCUGAUCUCUACAUUGUCAAGAUAUUAAAGGCAAAUUAUCAGAACUAUGAACUUUUACAAAUGAUUGCGCCAGGAGUUCAGCUUUUUCCAAGUUGUUUAUUGUUGUUUUGCCAUUGCUAAUCAACACUGGUAUUUCAAAAUUACUUCUCACUCUGUUCAUUUUCUUGAUCAUUCCCCAAACAUUUAAUAUGGGUGUUUCUCUCCCAAAACUAUUACAGUACAGUGAUCCCUCGCCACUUCGCGGUUCACUUAUCGCGGAUUCGCUAUUUCGCGGAUUUUCAUAAUGCAUUUUUUGCACUUAACUUGCACUGAACUUAAGCGAGUAGCUGAGGAAUGGGACCCUUUGAUGAGCCGUUCAUUACAGUUCUCCAACGUAAUCGAUGGUGGCAUGUCGGUGUACAAGGAUCUUUUUGCAAAGAAGAAAAAAGAGCGACAACAGCUGCGUAUCACUAUGUUCUUCUCCCGAACAAACACACCUGCACCGCGGGCUUCAGAAGAAGAGAACACUGCAGAGCGCAGUCAGGAUGCAGCGGCCCAGUCUGAAGAGCAGUGAAACGGCCUACACGUGAGUCACUGUAUUUGUAUACAUGUAAUAGUUGCUAAUUGUAAAAAAAAAAUAAAGUUUUCUAUUUCGCGGAUUUCACUUAUCGCGGGUCAUUUUCGGAACGUAACCCCCGCGAUAAACGAGGGAUUACUGUAUUGCCUCCAGCAUUCUUGUUUUGCCAUUUUUAUAGUUUUCCUAACUAUUGCUUGCGCUUUUUUGUAUUCAACUAAGGUUUCAAUGUUAUGUUUUACCUUUAACUUCCUAAACACAUUGUUUCUUCUUUUAACAGCUUCUUUACAGCUUUGUUCCACCAUGGUACACACUUCCUACCCUCUGUUCCCGUGCUUUUUGGUAUUGUCCUAUUUGCUGUCUGGAUAAUAGCUUGAACCAAUGUUCGAUUAAAUUUUUCAACAUCUGUUUCAUUCUCUACCAAAAGCCAUGUGUCUUCUAUAUCUUUGCUAUUAUAAAAUGCUUGCAAGUCUGCUUUAUUCAGUUUCCAUUUUUGUAUCUUCCGAAUUUUUACCUGAUUACGCUCCAUACCUAUUUCGAUAAGAAUCGGAUAAUGAUCACUCCCAAGUGGUGACAUGUUCAUGACCUCCCAACAGGAAGUGCCGGCUGUCUCACUGGAAAUCAAUGUAGUAUCUAUUGCACUUUCUGUGUUUUUUGCGUUGUUAUACCGAGUCCCUUUCCCAUCUUUUAUACACACUAGUCCCUUACUGUCCAGAAAUUCCUCCUCCACCAGACCAUUAGCAUCUGUAAGAUUACUCCCCCAUAAUGUGCUGUGUGCAUUAAAAUCUCCACAACAUACUUUUUUCCCGUGUGCCAGGUUAUUUAUCUCACUCAAUACAUCUAAAUUUAGCCUGCUACUAGGGUUAUAAUAACUAAUUAUAGUUAGUUGAUCCUUUUCCAUCCAAACUUUAACCGUUAUAUAUUCUAGUUCAUUCAUUAUAGUUCAUUUCCAAUAUCAAUUACGCUAUAAUUAAUUCCUACCUGUACAAAUGUAGCUACUCCACCACCGUUUCCCGUAUCCCUGUCCCUCCAUACAGAGGAAUAACCAUUAAUAACAAAAUCCAACUGUGACUUAAACCAUGUCUCCUGUACACAAAUAAUAUGAGGCUUAUUUGGCAAUUUGAUAUUAACUGCUUAAAUUCUUGGCCAUCGGCUAUUAAACUUCUCGCCAUAUUCCGGAUGCCAGAAAUGACUCUGACUCCCCGAAUCAUCCUUUUUUCUUCGAACAGUGAACACUGUACUUUCCUACCAUCAAUUUUGUUUAGUUUUAUUGCUUUUCCUUGUUGAGCACUAUCUUUACAAGUAACUAACAAGGAUCCAUUCUGCAAAGUUUUAGCAUUUUGAAUGUUUCCUAACAGUUUGUUAAGGGACUUUGUUAGUUGAAUGGGGCUCCACUCACCGAAAGACACACCCUCCUGCAUAAGUUUGAUGAUCACCCUAUUUUCCUCUCGUUGUUUCUCUUUUAUCAGAUAUUCCGUUCCACUGUCACUACCAUCCGUAAAUGACUUAUCCUUUGAUUUUUUCCUUUUUCUUCUGCUAUUAUUGUGUCUAACUACGCAGUGGUGGCUGGUGAGAAAAAUAUUAGGUGGGGCUGAAGGUUUGGAAACCAGAGCCCUGUAGGGGGGUCCGGGGGUAUCCUCCCCCGGGAGUUUUUUUUUUCGUUUUCAAAAGGUAAAUGAAGCAUUCUGGUGCUUUCUAAGAAAAUAAUUAAAGAAACAUACGAUGUUCACCCACAAAGACAAAUGGGGUGGGGAUACUGUAUUUCAACUUAUUAAUGGGGCAUUAUAGCUGACACACAGCCUACCUACAUUCAAUGUAAUCCUAUGAUAUAGAAACUGACAGCAGCAUACUCUUACUCAUGUACAUUCACCUGCAUCUCAACAGGUUAGGCGACAGCAAAGGAGCACACAGAGACAACAGCAGAAAAAUAGUGAAGAGCAGACCCACAUUUAUAACAAAUCAGGCUGCAUAUCAAAGUGAUCAGCCAUGGAAAACAACACAAACAUUUGCUUUAAAUACAUAACAGUUUUAUUACAUUUGAUAUUUCAGUUGAACUGAAUUGAAAAUGGGUGAACAAAUACAGGGUUCCCACUCUUUCAUAGAAAUCAUUUUCCAGGACUUUUCCAGGAUGUUUUCAUCCUGCCUUAAAACUUAUUUAUUUCUACCAUUGUGGCAUGAACAUUGUCUGUAAGCUUUCUUUUUAAUCUGGCUUUUAUGUAGUGUCUCACUAUGAUAAAUUUAUGGUUUAUAUUAGGUUUUAGUCUUUAUAUACUCUACUUUUCUACAUACAGAUUUUGCUCAUUGACUGUUUCAGAAGCCGAAAUUAUAUUUUGCCAGCUUUAUGAUUUCUUUUUGUCACCAUUAAUUUAAACGGGAAACAGAAAAGAGCCUUACUCUUCGGAUUUCCAGUUAGCCAUGCUUUGCGCCUAUACCAUGCUCUUGAAAAUGUCCACGUAUGUUGUCUGCUCUUCUCGAUGGUCACUUGCUGAGCGGCGGCGUCUGGUCGAUCCUGACCGAGCUCUUCCAGCUUUAGUUAGUGCUGCAGAGCUCUCCUCCCAAACAGGGCCUACUUCAUGGACAGUACAGCAUUCUCCAGUAAAUCACUGGGUAGGGGGUUUGCGGUAGUCAUUCCCAUGUCCUCUGUCAUUAGCAGCCAAGUGCAGAGUGAGGGGCGGACCGGCUCAGAGUAGAGCAGCUAACUACGUCAGACGUACAUUGUAGCUAUGCGUCUGUUUGUGGCCAAUCUGGUUAGGAACGUGCUUACGUCAUUCAAAUUAGGGACGCUGGGGUGCUUGUCCCUGGCGCCCCUUAAGGAUUUUUUUUUGUUUUGCUAGGAUAAGCUAACUUUUUAAUGCGGAACUGUGAUCUGAGCAUGUGUGAGGGAGCAGAAAGCUUGGGCACUGGCCCGUAGCGCUCCUAACGCUAAUGCACAAGUGUGAUCUGAGCAUGCGUGAGACAACAGACGUUCUGAGUCCAGAGAGAUCGCUAACGGACUGAAAUGCAUAUUUAAUGAAAUGAUUAAUAUAAUAGCGCCUUUCCAUACUUUGAGAAUAAUUUUCAGGGAGACAGCAGACAUCUCUUUUUGCUCAUGCAUCUCAGGUGGGGCUCCACCCGCAGCACCCUUAUAUACCGGCUGCCACUGCAACUAUGGCCGUGUCUCAUUUCAGAGACCGCACCGUCGAAUGGCGCAUUUGAAGUGUGCGUGAGCUCAUCACGCGGCGUGAACGGUGUCCCAUUUGGCAUGAAAUGCUAAGCGCGCUUCAAAUUUGGUCUCAAAACCACACUACCACCCCCGCCCCUUUUUCAAGCAUUAGUGGUGUGUCGGUCAUGAACGAAUGGAUCAAAAGAACUAGUUCUUUUUGGUGAACGAAAUGAACGAGGUCACCCCCCCCAAAAUGAUCCAUUCAGUCCGUUCAGUUCUUUUGAUUGGCUGAGUCAGUUCACCGUUCCUCAGGGCGGCAGUAUCUCUGUGCUUGCCUGUCUUAUCCUAUUGUCGCGCCUUGCUCUGUGGGUGGGUGGGGCUUAGAGAAGCAGCAGCAGUACUGAGCUGACUGAAAGACAGGGACCGAUGACCGAGCUGACUGAGAGACUGGGACCGAUGACCGACUCGGUCUCCGUCUUUUCAGUCAGCUCGGUCUGACUGAGAGAUUGACCGACUCUCAGACUGACUGAGGACAAGCGUUCACUCUCUGCGAGGUGCUGUCAGCCUGUCACUAGCCGACCGACUUGUGAACGCAACAGGAUGUACUGAAUAAAAUAAACUAUAAGGCAGUCUCUUGCGGAGGGUAUCUGUACUCACGAGUCCAACAAACAGUGCCGCAGCCGCCGCACGAGCUGAUGAUGAUGUUCGCCUCAAGUCGCCCGCACCACAACAUUUUUGCUGUCUUUAGUAUUUCCUGUGUUAUAUUUUGUUCAUUAUUGUUAUAUUCAACGUUGACGUUUGUGUGACAGACCUGUGUGGGGGAUUUGGGAAUAUACGGAACAAACAGCAUCCUGUAUUGGUUCAAUGCGAGACGGUUGUUGUGUGUUGCAUACAACACACAUACAGUACAAAUUAAACAACAUCAUGACAACGAAAUAAGAAUGAAUAGAAUUGUGUGUGUGUGUGUGUGUGUGUGUGUGUGUGUGUGUGUGUAUAUAUAUAUAUAUAUAAUGAUAAUAGGCAACAAACUGCAACACACUGGCUAAGCAACUCGCCACCCUGGAGGAAUCUGCAACAACGUCCCUAACAUGGAGAAUGAGUGGGCAAAACUGAGGUCAAUUAUAUAUGACGCUGCCUCCGAGACCGUCGGCCUCACUCAAAGACGCCACCAGGACUGGUUUGACAAUAGCUCUCCUGCAAUACAAGAGCUUCUGGAAAUCAAACGCAAAGCCCAUGCUGCCGUGCUUUCCAACCCUUACUCUCCAUCGCUCCGCACUCGCUACAAAGCCAUCCGAGGUGAGACCCAAAAACAACUCAGGACCAUGGAGAAUGAAUGGUGGCUCAAAAAAGCCGAAGAGAUACAGAGGCAGGCAGAAGACAACAACGCUCAUGCCUUCUACGAGGCCGUGAAAUCCUUGUAUGGCCUGCAGAAGCGUAACAUCGCCCCUGUAAGAUUUGCAAAUGGCUCUGAACUAUUCAAAGAACAGAUGGCGGGUGGCCGCGGGGCCCUGUGGGGUGCCCCGCAGGCAGGCGUCCCACCACGGUGGACGUGGGUGCUGGUCGGCCUGCUUUUUGGGUGGUGCGGGGGGCCGGGAUGGCCUCUGGCCCGGGCCAUAGUGUUGUGGAUUGUGGUGGCUUUUGUUGUUCCAUAUCCUCAUUAG